CUAUAGUUUAUUAUCUAAUAAUUCUUUUAUAAAUUAACACAACAGUUAUUUCCAAAGCAUUAGUAAAUACAAAAUAAAAGUUGUGAAAUAUUUGUGCACGUAAUUAUUGCAAUACAUUAUUAACUUAGAUCAAAGAUAUAUCAACUAACCUUUAGAAAAACUUUGUAAUCAAAAUGAGCUUUUCUUCUGAAGAACUUCUAAAAAUGCUUGAUGACAAAAUUAAAAAUGGUGAAUCACUCAUAGAGCAGCUGUUGGAUAAACAGGAUUUAGAUGGAGUGUUAAAGCUACAAAGAAAAAUUCGUCAGGAAACAGAUUUUUUGAAAAGAAUACAAAAGUCAGGGAAAGUAAAAAUAGAACAAUUAUCAUGUUCAAACUUGCGACACUUGGGGGCAAUAGUGGACUGUGUGGUUAGGCCAGGUGUUUUAUCUGUCUGUAAAGUGUUUCAUAUAAAUGAUGAAAGCAAGCUCUUGGUAGACAUUGUUAGUGAUGAGGGCAAAACUUGGAUAAAAGUUAUUGCUCGAAAUCCGAAAUCGCUGUCAGCUCUAAGUUAUGGAAAGGCGUCCUAUGGUGCAAGGUCUAUUCUAGAUCAAGCUGAUGAUUACUUGGAGUGUGCCAGACUUUACCCAUGUAUGUAUCAAUCGCCAAAGGUCGUAUUCGAAUUUGUAAGUGGAAUCGAAGAAUCUCUGGCGAAUAAACUAAAAGGAAAAGGAGUUUUUGUUAAAGGAGAGGUUUUACCAGAUUCAAAAUCAAAUGUAGAGUUUGACGAUCCAUACGAAUCUAGUAGUGAUGAGGAGUUUUUCGAAAAUAAUGACCAUAAUAUAACAUUACAAAGUUGGGCCCAAUGUAUGGAGGAGCAUUCAGAUAUUACAAUAUUGAAUUUAGAUGUGACAGCCAUGAUGGCAUAUGUGAGCAAUAUGACCAAUGGCCAUUGCAAUUAUGUGUUCAAGCAGAAAGUGCUCACAGAGCAAGCUGCAUGGGAAGCGGAGAGACCAGUAAAGCCAAUACUGGAAGAACUGUUUGAAGGUAAAACUUUAAUAUGCUGCAGAACAGGAUGGGAUGAUUUUGAAAAGAUCGUGAAUACAUUGGGUGGGCCGAUGGAGAAACAACGUACAGCUGAUUUAAAGAAGCGCGUUAUUGUCUAUGAUGAUGAUUACGGAGGGCAGGAUGACUAUCCAAGGCAAAAUUUAAAAGUAAGAGGUCAUGUCCGAUUAAGAUCAAAGACAGUGUUUAACUUCGGACAUAGGGUCAAAGCACUCACUGUAUCUGCUAAUGACGGUUUUGUCAGAGCUGCAGCACAGCAGGGAGUCACAUAUGCUACAUUCAUCCACGAGUCGCGUGCGUUGACUGAGGGAAAAGAAGCCAGUGCUACAGAGAUUGUUUUAUGAUAUUGUUUUUGCAAACGGUUAGCUAAAACAUAAAACAAUAUAAACAAUUAUGCUUGAAUUUUGAUUUUAUAGUGCUGUGAUAGUAAAAUUGACGUCCAUAAAUAAUGAUGUUAUAUUUGUGUUGAUGUACAUAUAUACUUCCAGAGAUGCAAGGAUGAUAUAUAAAAUAUUAUUGUAUUACGUGAUAAGGAAUGGAUAUUUAAAUGAUGUUCUACAUAAUUCACAUAACAAAUUAUUAUUACACGUAAAAUAUUAUUAAAUAGUAUACUUAAUAUAUAAUA